GGUAGUGCCGGCGGGACCAUUGGUGAGUAAGUGUGUUGCAGCUUUUGUGUUAUGCGAGUCUGGUUGCUGCGAGCUAAAGAGCAGAGCACGCGGGCCGGUCAUCAUGUCCUGCUAUGGGCGGUAUGGAGGAGAAACCAAGGUGUAUGUUGGUAACCUGGGCACUGGUGCUGGCAAAGGAGAGUUAGAAAGGGCUUUCAGUUAUUAUGGUCCUUUAAGAACUGUAUGGAUUGCGAGAAAUCCUCCAGGAUUUGCCUUUGUGGAAUUUGAAGAUCCUAGAGAUGCAGAAGAUGCAGUACGAGGACUGGAUGGAAAGGUGAUUUGUGGUUCCCGAGUGAGGGUUGAACUAUCAACAGGCAUGCCUCGGAGAUCACGUUUUGGUAGACCACCUGCCCGACGUCCCUUUGAUCCUAAUGAUAGAUGCUAUGAGUGUGGUGAAAAGGGACAUUAUGCUUAUGAUUGUCAUCGCUACAGCCGGCGAAGAAGAAGCAGGUCACGGUCUAGAUCACAUUCUCGAUCCAGAGGAAGGCGAUACUCUCGCUCACGCAGCAGGAGCAGAGGACAGAGGUCAAGAUCAGCAUCUCCUCAACGAUCAAGAUCUGUGUCUCUUCGUAGAUCAAGAUCAGCUUCACUCAGAAGAUCUAGGUCUGGUUCUAUAAAAGGAUCGAGGUAUUUCCAAUCCUGUUCAAGAUCAAGAUCAAGAUCCAGGUCU